CGGGCUGUAGUUGCGUUGUCCCAAACAGCACGCGCAAACGGUUGCCGUUUUCAGCACGGGACAGAUCCCGCAACCCUCUCACUGCAAUAUGGCGACAGAGUUCCACAACCUUCAGGAGCUCCGGCACAGUCCAUCGCUGGUCACCAAGGUGUUUAUACAGAGAGACUACAGUGAAGGAACUGUGUGCCGAUUCCAGACCAAGUUUCCCUCAGAGCUUGACAACAGGAUUGAACGAACUUUACUUGAGGAGACGGUGAAGACCCUUAACUCUUAUUAUGCUGAGGCUGAAAAAAUUGGAGGUCAGUCGUACCUGGAAGGAUGUCUGGCUUGUGCAACAGCUUACAUCAUCUUCCUCUGCAUGGAAACGCGAUAUGAAAAGGUGCUGAGGAAGAUAUCAGGUUUCAUCCAGGAGCAGAAUGAGAAGAUCUACGCUCCUCGAGGUCUGCUGCUCACAGACCCCAUAGAGAGAGGAAUGAGGGUUCUUGAGAUCAGCGUGUUUGAAGACCGGGGCUCGGGCGGCUCCAGUCCCAGCAGCACCAUGUCGUCGGGCAGCAGCGCUCGGUGACUGGAGGGGCAGCACCAGGCUUACGGAUACCACCACAGGGGCAGCGGCACACUUACCAACAUCCGCAUGCUGAAACAUGAGAGCACCAGGUUCUAGGACGAGUGGAAAGAAAAAGGCGAGGAGGUGAUUCACAACAUUCAUGCUCUCUCUGCUGGGGCCGACAAUGUAUCACCUCCAGAAGAAGAGCUGGCUUAAAAACACACCCUGGAUACAAAACAGAAUAAACACAAGUGCAACAGAACCCACACAUACU